AUGUCUUUCCACAGAAAUUGGAAUGCAUAUAAAGUUGGGUUUGGUGACCCACGUGAGCAGUUUUGGCUUGGAAACGAUGCUCUCUACGCAUUAACCAAUCAAGGGGAUUACUCAAUGCAGAUUGACAUGCUGUCUUGUGAUGGAAACACCUACUACGUCAGAUGGAACCUGUUUCGCAUCCAAGAUGAAAGCCAGAAAUAUAAGGUUGCUGCUAUUAGUGUCGACUCGUACAACACAUCUAGCAAUAGUUAUCUAACAGAAAAUGUAAACUGGAAAUUUGGAACUUAUGAUAAUGAAGUAGGAGAGUCACUGGAUUGUAGUGAGCUGCACGGCGGUGGUGGGUGGUGGUAUUGGGACUGUACGAGAUGGCAUUUAACAGGCUAUUACUCCAGCUGUGUCAGCAACAGCGACAAGCGUAAAGCCAUGAAGUUUGCCUCUAUUACAGGGAGAAACUGCAACAAAGCAUGCUUAUUACAGGCUGCUACUUUAAAAAUACAGCGUAACUCUUAG